UCUCUCCGUGUGGAGGAGGAUACUGAAUUAUUUCUACAGUAAACAGCUCUUAUUAUGACUGAUUGGUUCCCUCUACUGAUGGAAGCUGAAUGUGUGGAUUACAGCCGAACUGCGCAGAUAUAAAAAUUAUAUAGCGGCUCUCAGCGACUCGGUUCCUUUUGUUCAAUAGAAUCGGAUCGGAACGCCCCAUCACUGAGGUACAAUGUGUUCUUUCUGAUGAAACGGGAGAAAAGCACUAAAUGUAGCGGAUAAAAACUGAAACUAAAGUAUCGAUUCGAUUCACAUACAAACCUCGGUAUCGGUAGUAUCGAUAUUUGGAUGGAUAUAUGGAUGGAAGUAUAGCGAAUUAUUUUUGCAGAGCCGCUUUGUUUGUUUGUAGCGGAUUGUUGUAAUAAAUGAGAACUGACCUCCCACGGCACUGUAGAACAACACGGUUAAUCAGAUUUGACGUCAGGACUUUCUCCAGGCUCUGUUGAUGAUGCAGUGGAAAAGAUGCUCCUGUUUUAUCUGUCCUGUGUUGCAUGUUGCAUAACAGCCGUGACGGUUCUUGGUGAGAAUGUAACAGUCAACGCCGGAGACGCUGCCAUAUUGUCCUGUCAGCUGGUAAAAAACAAAGAGGAUCUGACACGAAUCACCUGGCAAAGAAGGACGAAGAAAAACCCAAAGGAUACGAAUUUCUUUGUCAUUACUCCGGAUGGGGAAAUUCAAAUUAAGGAUGAGUUAAAGGGCAGAGUGGAAUUCAUUGGGAGCAUCUCGGAGCGCAACGGCUCAAUUCGUCUGAAUGAUGUUAAGUUUUUGGAUGAAGGGGUCUACACCUGCAUCUUCAGUUUCUUUCCAAGUGGACCAUCUAAUAAACUGUUAAACCUUGACGUACGAGUUCCACCAGUGGUCAGUUUAACUCCUGAAGUCAUUCCUGUUGCUAGUGACACUGAAGAGAUAAUUGCGGCCUGCACGGCGUCCAACGCAAAACCCGAAGCACACGUGUCCUGGAGUCUUGGUUCUCUAAACAACGUUUUAAAAGUACAGACCAACGUCAGCGUAAAUCCUGAUGGACUGCACACUACUACCAGCUACCUGACUGGUGUGGCGUCUAAAAAUCUAAAUCGGCAGAAGGUUGAGUGCUCAGUUAAACACAUAGCGCUGAAAAAGGACCUGAAACAGGAAUACUCAAUAAACAUCCACUACCCUCCCCAGGUUGUGUACAUACUUUAUUUCGGUGGUCCAAAUAAAACACAACAAGAAUUUGGUUGUGUGGGAGACGCCAAUCCGCUGCCGUCCAACUUUACCUGGAGCAGGCACUUUCCUGUGGCCGAGACACUUACCAGUGGCAGCAGCCUGUUUGUUAACCGAACAUCUGAGAGUAAUGGUCUGUACUACUGUGUAGCUUCUAACCAGUAUGGCAGCGGAGUGGCUUCUCUUAAUGUACAAAAUCUACCAAGUGAUACACAAGGACACAAGGCUGGCUGGAUUCUCUUCGUCUUGACCCUUCUUGCUUUGAUUGUAUUCGUUGGAUAUCAGUUUGGAUACCUGACGUGGCAAAAAAAACAACAGUUUUUUAGACCUGCUCGUGUACCCACUGCUGAACCCCCAACUUCAGACAGAGAAACGAUUUCUUUAUAACUAAGUGUGGACGUUUUGGACAUCUUGAUGCCCAUUGUUUUUUUUAUAGAACCUUUCCAAUGGGACCAUACCUUGACGUGGUGGGGAGGCUUAAUCCUCUCAAUGUUCUUACUGGAUAUUAGGAGGAAACUAAAGGGUCCCACUGAAUUCACUGGAUUCGUGACCUAAUAUUCAAGUUUGAGCCUCCCUACAGACACGUCCUAAUUAAAGCCACCUAGGAUGGAAUCAAGGUCGCGGAUGCAGCAAAAACUCACUAGUUUACAGUUUUUCUCAGUCGCUUUGGUGCAUUUCUCACAUCACUAUUAACAUUUGCACAACAGUAAGUGCAUUUCUCAAAACAAUUAGUACGAACUGCAAAACCUAGUGUAUAACCUGCAAGAGCGUGUCACUUGCUCAAAAUGGAGAGUUCAUUCCUCAAAGCAAAGCAAGUAUUCAUGUCAAUGAAAGUGUCAGUGUCAUCAAAAUAAAUAGUCCUGACACUAUUGUUUAUGAACAAGAAAGUCAAAUGGCUUUGUCAUGUUUUCAUUAUGAUGGUUCACUCUGUAAGUGUUUUGCAAUGCAAAAAAGUCAGAUCAUGGUGACACUACCUAAAAAUGCUAAAGAGAGGGAGUGUGUUAUCUCGCCUUCGGCUCGUGCCUGCGACCAAAUCACAGCCGUGAUGUUAUUCGCGAUAACACACGGCCUCAAGUGUUCUAUUGCUUUUAUACAACAGUUUUUACAAAAUAAAGAAAGAAAAUAAAUCAAAGAAGUCCUGAAUUUCAUAUUAAAUAUGCUUUAAUAUUGACAAUACCUUCCGCCAAAAAGUAGUUCCACAACGAAUAUAAAGUUUAACACUACAAAGCAGACAUCCCAAGUUGCCAAAACUCAUUUCAGGGAGGUAAGAACAACAAGAAGAAGAAAGCAAGAACCUCCGAAGGUAAAAAAAGAAAUAAAAAAACCUCUCGCACACACCAAAGGCUAUGGAUGAAAACAGAACUAAUAGGGCUUAACUAACUGUGCGCGUUACAAACACAUUAAUGUUCCCUACACAGUGCACUAGAUUGUGUAUCAGAUAACGGAUUUAAAACGCGACCGUGAAAUAAAGUCUGUCGCCUGCGUGUGCGUUUGUGUGCAUUAAGCUUGUCGUUAAUGGCAACGCGUCAGCGGAGUUAUACAGUUGUGAUGUGAAAAGACCGUGUUGUUAUCAUGAAUAUCAGCACGUUUAGAACGCUUCUCAACCAAUCAGAUUGUAAGGUCGGAACUAACUGUUGUAUAAUAAUCAUGUAUAAAAUAUUUAAUUUAUUUUCUACUUUCUAUAUCGUGUUUUGUGAUUGUAAACCAGUCUUUUGAAGUAACUGAAGAACUUAGGCUGGAGUUAUGUAACUCUUCUUAACUAAUAUUGUUGCUCCUUUUUGUAGUGGCACUAUCAUGCUUAAACAAAAUGUACAUAGACCUAGGUCAAGAUGUUUAGUAAACGUUGUUUGUGGUCAUCACGGUUUGAUAGACACUCCUAAUAAGCUGUAUAAGGACUGAUUUAUUUAAAUUCAUUUAUUGAUUGGUGGACUUCAACAGAAAAGCUAUCAACAUGUUUACCCAGAUGAAGGAUCGUCUUUAAUGAGUGUUUUGCAUUUUUACGUAUACAGUGGUGCUUGAAAGUUUGUGAACCCUUUAGGAUUUUCUAUAAGUCCUAAAAGUAGAUAAAGAGAACCCAGUUAAACAAAUGAGACAAAAAUAUGUUCAGGUGUUUUCAAUCAAUGGGAUGACAAUCAGGUGUGAGUGGGCGCCCUGUUUUAUUUAAAGAACAGGGAUCUAUCAAAGUCUGCUCUUCACAGCACAUGUUUGUGGAAGUGUAUCAUGGCAUGAACAAAGGAGAUUUCUGAGGACCUCAGAAAAAGAGUUAUUGAUGCUCAUCAGGCGUGAAAAGGUUACAAAACCAUCUCUAAAGAGUUUGGACUCAACCAAUCCACAGUCAGACAGAUUGUGUACAAAUGGAGGAAAUUCAAGACCAUUGUUACCCUCCCCAGGAGUGGUCGACCAACAAAGAUCACUCCAAGAGCAAAGCGUGUAAUAGUCGGCUAACUUUAGUAGUAACUUUGUGACCCCAGGGUAACUUCUAAGCAACUGAAGGCCUCUCUCACAUUGGCUAAUGUUAAUGUUCAGGAGUCCACCAUCAGAAGAACACUGAACAACAAUGGUGUGCAUGGCAGGGUUGCAAGGAGAAAGCCACUGCUCUCCAAAAAGAACAUUGCUGCUCAUCUGCAGUUUGCUACAGAUCACGUGGACAAGCCAGAAGGCUACUGGAAGAAUGUUUUGUGGACGGAUGAGACCAAAAUAGAACUUUUUGGUUUAAAUGAAAAGCGUUAUGUUUGGAGAAAGGAAAACACUGCAUUCCAGCAUAAGAACCUUAUCCCAUCUGUGAAACAUGGUGGUGGUAGUGUCAUGGUUUGGGCCUGUUUUGCUGCAUCUGGGCCAGGACGGCUUGCCAUCAUUGAUGGAACAAUGAAUUCUGAAUUAUAUCAGAGAAUUCUUAAUGAAAAUGUCAGGACAUCUGUCCAUGAACUGAAUCUCAAGAGAAGGUGGGUCAUGCAGCAAGACAACGACCCUAAGCACACAAGUCGUUCUACAAAGAAUGGUUAAAGAAGAAUAAAAUUUAUGUUUUGGAAUGGCCAAGUCAAAGUCCUGACCUUAAUCCAAUCGAAAUGUUGUGGAAGGACCUGAAGCGAGCAGUUAAUGUGAGGAAACCCACCAACAUCCCAGAGUUGAAGCCGUUCUGUACGGAGGAAUGGGCUAAAAUUCCUCCAAGCCGGUGUGCAGGACUGAUCAACAGUUACCAGAAACGUUUAGUUGCAGUUAUUGCUGCACAGGGGGUCACACCAGAUACUGAAAGCAAAGGUUCACAUACUUUUGCUACUCACAAAUAUGUAAUAUUGGAUCAUUUCCCUCAAUAAAUAAAUGACCAAGUAUAAUAUUUUUGUCUCAUUUGUUUAACUGGGUUCUCUUUAUCUACUUUUAGGACUUGUGUGAAAAUCUGAUGAUGUUUUAGGUCAUAUUUAUGCAGAAAUAUAGAAAAUCCUAAAGGGUUCACAAACUUUCAAGCACCACUGUAUGUUAUUUUGGCUGUAGGUUAACAGGUGUGUGUUUGGUAGUUUUGCAGACGAGUAGGAUUCUGCCCAACGAUUCUGCUUUUUUUUGUGUGUGUGUUAGCAUGACGUUAAAUGUAAAACGAAUUUUAACUGUGUGCUUAUUUGUAUUAAACAGUGUUGCAUACACACAGAAUGCUGUUUGUGAUCGAUCACGUGUCCCCGGUCUGCUGGUUGUCAUGCUGUCGACUUGUGAAAAGUCACAUGUGAAAGUGGAAUUUUUUGAUUCCCACGAGAUCGUAAUGAUAGUCAGUAGGUCUGGAGGUGUUUUGUUUAUCUUAGAUAGAUAGAUCGAAUAAUCUCAGAAAGAAAGUCAAUACAAGUCUCAAAUUCUACAGAGCGAAGAUUACAUCAUGACUGUAGCAGCUUUCUCUUUUCUUUCGUUCUGUUUAUUACCUGAAUAAGUUGGUGAGGCUGUCUGGUGGGUCUGGAGGUACUGGGUGAAGGAUAAAAUCAGAUCUAACGUUCGUUUAGUCAUAGACUCGACGGAGCGUUUCAGACGUUUCUCACACUAUAUACGUAUGACUCAGAUCCUUCUCCCACACAAUUCCCACACUUGUUCCACAGUCAUGGACAAUUUUCUAUUUCUAGUUCACCUCAUUUGACUGUCUUUUGACUGUGGGAGGAACCCCACACAGACACGGGGAGGACAUUACUUAACUUUAUGAGACAUUACAUACAUACUAAUAAAUGUCUUUAUAUAGUCAAUUGUUUUUAUUAUCUUUAUCUUUAACUGUAUUUACUCUGUGCUGAAGCUGCUGUAACACUCAAAUUUGUGCCAUGGGAAUCAAUAAAGGAAUCUUAUCUUAUGCUUCAUUUUCCCGGCUAACUACAAUAUACUGCAUUAAUCAUUACACAAAACCAUAAUUAAACUAUACAACACUGGAACUCUGCAAUUCUGCAUGAACUUUUGUCAAAAAUAAAGUUAAUAACAUAAUUAAUAAUAAAAAAAAUCCUACUACUUUCUUUUUCAAAUAGCAUUAUUGCUUGUAUUUUAUAUGAUGUAUCCUACUCCAGGCUCUGAAUUAUUUGUAUUUAUAUGCAUUACUGUUUGUGUAUUUAUACUUUUUUACUGCACUAUUUGUGUUAGAAAUGAUUAGCUUUGAUAUAUAAAUAAAUGUUAUCUCUGUUUGAA